AUGACCUAUUUUUCAUUCAGAUGGAUUGCUAACUGCCACGAGCACGAGACACUUUUGCAAGAAAAUGAAGAUGAAAAGCUGUCCAAGGAGGAACAAGAUAUGGCAUGGGAAGUAUAUCGGAAAACCCUCAAAUGGGGGGAAGUGCAGCGAAUUCCUGCUGAGGAAACAACCAUGGAGCAAAGGCCACUACAGACAAUUCCUGCGAGUGAAUCUGCCUUUGGGCACAAGCCAACAAUUUCAGUCAUACCCCCUCCUGCUCCUGAAACCAGCAAUCUCGCACAUUCCAUAAGGAGUACAAGAAAUCGUGUGGUGUCACGGAAAUGCACAAAUCUUUCACAUUUACUGACUCUUAGGAGUCAGGGCACGAAAACCGGUUGCAGCACUGUUUGUGGGGAAUGUGCCCAGGAGAUAAGCUGGGAGGACCUCAAUAGAGAUAGCAAGUCGCUAAGGAUUCCAGCUGCUGUAAAGUUUUAA